AUGACAGUGAACUUGGUGGUCGGUAUCCUGGCCAUAUCGCCGCCUCGUCGUGUCACGACUGGAAAAGCAUACAACAGACCGCGACAAGCCGAGCUUGUUGAGCUGACGCUUGGCGAUGAUUCCCGCACUGGUUUUAACGUUACUCUGUGGAUGCCACCUAACAUGCAUGUGGGUUGGCGCGAUAACGCUGAUCAGAAUCUCAACCAGACCGGCGCUCGCAGCAAUCUUCGUCGUGCUGUGAAAGAAUUGCGACCUAGGGACAUUAUUAUGUUGCAGCACGUCGCGCUCAGCUCGUACCGUGGAAAGGUGCACGGACAAAGCCUGAAAGGCGACGUGACAAAAAUAGAUCUGCUGUACCGAAAGAAAGUCGACGAAGACGACAUGCAGGGUUGCUAUACUGUCAGCAACUUGCGCAACCCGACCGAUCCUCAGCUCAAGAAAGUCAAGGCUGUCCGAGAUUGGAUGUCCGAAUUCGUCGGCGAUGCGGACGGAGGGAGAGCAAGGGCAAAGAAAGGCAAGAAAAUGGGCCGUAUGAUGCUGCCGGAUGAUACUCAGUAG